AUGGAGCCGCCUGAGGGCUGGGACCCCUACGGGCGGCCGGCCCGGCGCACGCAGUGGCUGGUCAGCGCCCUCGCCUACCACUACGGGCUGGACCGCGGCGUGGAGAACGAGAUCGUGGUGCUGGCCACCGGCCUGGACCAGUACCUGCAGGAGAUCUUCCACCACCUGGACUGCUCUGGCGCGGGCCGCAUCCCCGGCGAGGACUUCCGCACGCUGUGCCAGGUGCUGGGGCUGGAGGAGGCGGCGGACCCCGAGGAGUGCGCGGGGCUGUGGGACGGGCUCUCGGCCGAGCUCACCUUCCGCCAGUUCCACGCGCGGCUCUGCGGCCACUUCAGCACCUGCGCGGGGCCGCGGCUGCCGCUGGGUCGGGAGAGCGAGCACAUCGAGAGCCAGAUCCGCCUGCGCAGCCCCCGCCGCCGCCGCCGCGCCCGCCCCGCCGGCCGCCGAGCCCCGGGCAGCGCCGAGCGGCGGCCGCCGGCGCCCUGCUCCCCGGAGUGCUACGAGGAGAUCGUGGCGCUGGAGCGGGCCGAGGACCGCAUCGCCAAACUGGAGGAGGAGAACGGCAGCCUGCGGGAGCUGGUGGAGGACAUGCGGGCCGCCCUGCAGAGCAGCGAUGCGCGGUGCCUGGCGCUGCAGGUGGGACUGCGGAAGAGCCAUGCCAGCCAUAAAGAAGAAGGAUCGUGCUUCGUAGGGAGUAAGAGACCCUUACCACAGAACCACUCCCAGACCAAGUGCCUCCAAAGUGUCCUGAAGGAAAUGGAGCUCAUCCGGAGCUCCAGGGAUGGGCAGAUUGAAGAAGCCAUCAGGUUCAAUCAGGAGCUGGAGAAGGAGCUGAAGAGCUCUCAGGAAGCUCUGGUCAGCCUGGAAGAUUGCAACCAUAAGCUGAAGAGGGAGCAGGCAGAGAUGAGGAGGAAGGUGGAAGAGGCCAGACAUGCUGUCCUGAACAGUCUUGGCAAAGUGAAGGAGCUGGAAGUGAGAGCUAACGAGGUGCCACAUCUGCAGAUAUACAUUCAGCAGCUGGAGUCACAACUGCAGCACUACAGGUCAGAAGGGGAGAGAUGCCAGCCUGCCCAGCAGAGCAGCCCUGAGCAGCAGGAGGGAGCAGCCGUGCCUGGGGCACCGCGGGACUGCCGCUCGCCUGCCGGCAUUGCCAAUAACGCAGAGAAUCAGCUCUUCCGCUCCGUGGAGGGCCAGGCUGCCUCGGACGAGGAGGACGAGAAGUGCCUGGGGGACCACGCUCUGCAGCUGCACCCCAUGAGGAACAUCCUGGCCAAGCUCCCUUGCUGUGCCAGUGGGUGUGAUGAAAAGACAUGGAGAAAGCUGCUGUCCUACCUGGAGACCACCAGCCCUGACCCUGUGGAGCUUUCAGGGAGAAUCUCCCCCCUCACAGAGCAGCCAGAACUCCAGGACCACCAGGAGAAAAAACUGGAAACAAGCAUGGAAGAGGUGAAAGGCCCCUGGCUCAGGGAGCUGCAGCAGAAGGUGGAGGAGACAGAGGUGCUGAAGAUGGAGCUGCAGAUGUUGGAGACAGAGAGGGUUCGGCUGUCCCUGGUGGAAGAGAAGCUCAUGGAUGUUCUGCAGCUUCUCCAACAGCUCCGAGACUUGAACAUAUCUAAGCGAGCCUUGGGAAAAAUCCUGAUGAGCACUUUGGAAUCCUGCCAUGACUCCCCACCUGGCAAAGCCCAGCUGUUCAAAGUGCUGGACACCCUUCAGCAGGAGCUGACAGCCUGUGAGCUGCUGCACAAGCAGCCCAUGGAGCAGGCACAGAGCCCACGGUCCCUGUCCAAUCCCCUGGUGAUCUCCUGCUGAGCCCAGCCAGCCCCAGGACAGCUGGAGGGAGGAAGGAAGAGCAUUUGUCCAGCUCAGCCACACCUGGACUGGCUAGGAGCAAGGAGUGACCCAAGGGGAGAGCAGCAGCCCUGGGUUGAGCACAGCCCUGCCUCAGCUGGACUGCAAAACCCAGCCCUGGAAAAGUGGGACUGGCACCAAACUGUGCCCACCACAUUUACCUGACUCACAUAGAUUUACAGCUCUGGAAAAGUGGGACUGGCACCAAACUGUGCCCACCACACCCGCCUGACUCACAUGGAUUUACAGCUCUGGAAAACUGGACUGGACUGAACCAAACUGUGCCCACCACACCUACCUGGCCCACAUGGACUUACAGCCCUGGAAAACUGGGACUGGCACCAAACUGUGCCCACCACAUUUACCAGAUCCACAUAGAUUUACAGCUCUGGAAAACAAAACUGGGACUGGACUAAACCAAACUGUGCCCAUCACACCCACCUGACACACAUGGAUUUACAGCCCUGGGUGUGCAGGGGCUGGGCAUAGUUUGCAGCCUUUGUGGGAGCCCCACUCCAAAGCCAAGGCAGACUGUGUUGUCCCUGGAUUUGUUAUCCCUGGAUUUGUUAUCUGUUGGAGAGGAUGAAACAGGAAAACCUUACAAAUAUGACUGCCUGGCAAAAGAUUCUAACAGCAUGAAACCUAUGAGUGAAAUAGAAAUGAAAGCAAGCUUUGAGAUGUAGGACGCCAAGCCGGAAGACAGUGAUUGAGUUAGCUGAAGGCAAGAUCCCUGCUGAUUGAGCAAUACCCCUAACAGACAAAAGGGUCCAAGGGGGAGGAGCCCUGCCAAGGUGGCAUGGCAAAGGAGUCUAGAAACGAGCUUUUAGGGUUUGGAAUAUGGCACAGUAUGGUAAUGUAGUAGUUCCUAUAGGCUGUAUUUAAAUUCUGUAGCAUUUGUGUCAUGUACUGGUGUAAACUAGAAUAUUCAAUACAGAAGGAGAUAUAAUGUAUUGUAACAAGAAGUGAGGUCUCUUUGUUUGGGCACACUUUUAGCUGUGGCUGGCAGCUUAAGCAAAGCUCUUGCACCAACAAACUAUACAAUAAACCACGUGUUUCAAGAGCUGCCCUGGGCUCCAGGGUUCUCUCAUCGCUGUCCCCACUCUCUCUCCUACAGUUAUCCCUCACCCUAUGAGUGACAAACUGAAUGACAAACACAGCCAGGAGUGUGUGCCAGCAGUGCAGGUU